UUCAACGAGGAAACAUGGCGCUGCCCUCCAGCUGGCGUCUUUUCCUGGUGCAAGGAGUUUGUGUGAAGCGGAUGUUCAGUCAGGGCGUGAGGACAGUCUGUGUAUCGGGUUUAUCGGAAUGUCAGAUGCACCAGUUACCGCUCACAUCGCUGCUGUGCGACUUUUGGCGACGAAGGUCAUUUAAAUUCGGCAGAAAUGCGCCAUACUGUCAUGAGGAAGGUGGGAGUGAGCAGCAGCACACCAGCUACAGGUUUACACUGUGGGGUGCAGUGGCGUUCUCCCUGUUUGGCCGUACAGAUGAAAGAACGGAGGACCAGAAGGUGGAGGAUGAGAUUAUUCUCCUGUUAAAGAAAGCAAAGUACAACAUGAUGCUCGGGGAACUGGAUGUGGCGAACGGCUUCUUGCAUAAAGCAAUUCGACUCGCCCAUCAGAGUCACAACAACAACGCCAUCAUCUACACCUACAGCCUGAUGGCCAACUUGGCUUUUGUUCAAGGUGAGCUGGACAAUGCUGAGAAACUGUUCAAAGUUGCAGUGAGUUUCAUGCUGUCUGGAGGAACACCACAGGAUGACAACGCAGUCAUUGAAAUGUCCCUGAAGUUGGCCAGCAUCUAUGCCACUCAAAACAAGAAUGAGUUGGCAGAGCAUGGCUUCCAGUUCUGCACCGAGUCACUGGAGGCCAAGAUUGAGAAGCAGAAGGAUCUUCCACCGGAUGCUAUAUCAGAAGAAGAAAGGAAGGACACGCGACUGCUACUUGGCCUCAGUCUGGACGCCCGGGCUCGAUACCUGGCAUCCUCCCGGCGCCUGACGGGAGCAUGCAGGGAUUACCGCCACGCUCUGCAGAUCUGCCAAGAGGAGCAAGGAGAAGCCCAUCCUCAGACGCUGGUCUUGAUGAGUGAUUUGGCCACAGUGUUGGACCUACAGGGGAAGCAUGAUGAGGCACUGGCUCAGGUCCAGAAGGCUGUAGAACUGGGCCAUACAGCUGGCCACCCUGACCAACACGUGCUCCUGGGAAACAUGGCAGGCAUUUUAAUGCACAAAGGUGAUUUUGAGGAGUCUGUUAAGCUGUACGAGGAGGCUUUGGUCCUGGCGCAGGCGGCUGGAGACACUGAGGCUGUUGAGCAGUUUGUGGAGGGACUGAAGGAGCUGAGCAGGAGGAAAGAGGAAAAAAAACAGAGUACGAAUGAGGAGCCAUCAGCCAAGCAGUGACUACACAGUAAACACUCCUCCUGUAGAAGUACGAACUCCAUAAAUGGAAUUAUUGAAGUUUUGAGGAAGCACUGGACUGUGUGAUCCAUCCUCCUCCUCCUUCACUGGAUUCUUAUUAGUGAUUUUUAGUUUAAGUUCUGUGAUGUUAAUUUAAGAACGAAGAUGUAUGUACAUGUUGUUUUUGUUUACAGUUCCUCUGGAAAAUCCAAAACAGGAAAGGCGGUGGGUGACUCAGGAAGUGCUGAUGGAGAGAAUGUUUUAAAAUAUCACGUUGGGAAAAUGCAAAACUGAUGUGUCUUUGUAAAAACAAAAUAAAAAAUAAACUCUUGAUUUUCUCAAGUUUGACGUGA